GAUGGAGAAAGGCGCACCGCAUCAGCCGCAGUUCUCCAAAAGCGCAGAGAGUCCGGCGGACGACAUCUCCAAAAUACCCGACGAGGAGCUGCUGAAGUGGGGCAAAGAGGAGCUGGUGCGGCGGUUGCGGAGGGCAGAGGCGGAGAAGAGGAGCGUCAUAGUGGAGCACGGCAAUCUGAUGCGGGAGGUGAACCGGAGGCUCCAGCAGCACCUGAACGAGAUACGGAGUUUGAAGGACGUGAACCAGAAACUACAGGAGGACAACCAGGAGCUGCGGGACCUGUGCUGCUUCCUGGAUGAUGACCGGCAGAAGGGGAAGCGAGUGUCACGUGAGUGGCAGCGUCUGGGCCGCUACAGUGCAGGCCUGAUGAGGAAGGAGGUGGCCAUCUACCUGCAGAAGCUGAAGGAGUUGGAGCAGCGGCAGGUGGAGGUCAUCCGGGAGAACUUGGAGCUGAAGGAGGUGUGCCUCAUGCUGGAGGAGGAGAGGGCUGUGGCUGUAGCCGGAGGAGGAGGGGGAGGGGGAGGAGGAGGUGGUGUGGGUGGGCACGGAGGCCCCGGCUGCAGGAGCUCCAUCGACAGUCAGAGCAGCCUGUCUCAGCUGGGGGGAGGUGUCCCGGCACCCGGCCUGCUGCGGGACGUCGGGGAUGGGAGCAGCACCUCCAGUGCAGGGAGCACAGAUAGCCCCGACAACCCCCACCACAAACCCCCUCCCCUGGGCUCCAAUGCCAGCCCUGGAUCUGGAUUGAGAUGUGUUUCCUCGGACCACCCCCACAAACCGGGAGACGUGUAUGAAUCCACAGGCAGGAGGCACAGCUCCACCCCAGAGUACCACACCUUCCCGCAGUCUUGCCGCCCCCGCGGGGGGUCCCUCACCAACCUGGACCCUCGCGGCCUCCGAGGACACAGCCCGGAGAAACACAGCAAGUCCCCCACCAGGCUACCAUGUGACUCCCACCCCAAACCCUGCAGCUCUGACCUACUGGCCCAGAAACAGCUAUUCAUUUCAGGGCAAGCAUCACCAGGCUGUGGGAAGGGCUCGGUCAAGUCCAGCCCAGAGCUGAGUCAGAGAUCGGUUAACUCGGCGGGGGCAGGCUGUGGGAGUCCCGAGGCCAAGCAUGCAGUGAUGGGCACGCCUGAGCAUUUGAGGAAAGGGCGGGUGAUCGUGGGGAGUCCAGAGUCUAUACGGCACCACCACCACCACUAUCAUCACAGCCCUGGGGUGGAGCACGGCAAGGGGAGGUAUAGCAGUGUCUCUUCUGGCAGGGACGGGGCUCAGAGGAGGGCAGCAGGAGAGGAGAUGGCCCCCCAGAGUCUGUACAACGCUCUGAUAUCUGCUGGUUGCUGCACCAACUCCUGUAGGAGUGUAAAGCUUUGGGACAGCUUUGAUGCCUCCUGACCAUGACAUGCCUCUUGAUCAGAUGCUGCUGCAACAACACACACCCUAAAGAGAGAUAAGGAAGGUUAUUAGCAGAUGGGUGGAUGGAAGAAUAAGUGGAUCGAUGCAUAACUCGUUGGAUAAAUGAUCAUGAAAUUCAAAAUCAAGCAAUGAAGGGCGAGGGAGCAGAUGAGUGAAACAAGGCAACAAAGUGGCAUAACACUGGAAACACUUGAACACUCUCUUUGCCCUGUCUGCUGCUGCUGCUAUGCAUUUCCUGUGGACUGCCAGAAAAGACUGAAUGUCAUUGUUCUAAUGGACAGAGGCUCAUUCCUGCAUUGCCAAAAUGAAGAGAGGGAAAAAUAUUAAGACAGCUGAGAAUCUUUGUGUUGCCAACAAAAUAGUCCUACCUCUUUGGAAAGACAGUGACCUUCUGGAAGAGAGAUGCUGUAUAUGGAAGAGUAAGACCGGAGGUUACAGCCCCUUCUCUGCAAAAUCACAAUGCCAGUGAUCAUUUUAAAACUUAAUACUCAACAUAUGAUAAUAGUAACUGCUUUUACAAAGUCAUUGUGGACCUGAAAUAAAGCACAAAAGCUGUUACUUAGUCAUUUUAACUUUAAAGGAAACAUUUUAUUAGAUAUACAAAAGAAUAGUUUCAGUUUAAUACAACUUGAGUCUUAUUUUCAUAGUUUUGGCCAGCAUUCUUAGCAGUUAUAAUUACUAUACUAUAAUAUUACUGUACUCACCAAAGUAAUUGCUGAGAUAUGGGACAUUGCCACAACAAAGUCCAUCUAUGUGGUUUGGAGUUUAGUGUCACUCCCACGUGUUCCUGUUCUUGCAUUCAUCUAAAGCUGCAACUAUUAGUCGUAUAGUUGAUCAACUGAAAAUUAUUCAGCAAAAAUGUGGUAUAACCAUCACUCAUUUUGAGUAUUGAUUUAAUAAAAUGCCAAAUUUCCUUGUCCCAACUUUUUCCUGGUUUCCUCAGUCCUCCUACUGCUGCAAACUGAAUAUCAGUGGAUUUCAAACUGUUGCGACUGUCCAACAAAGCUAGACAUUUGAGGAUGUCACCUUGGGUUUUGGGAAAUUGGAUGGGAUAUUUGUCACCAUUUUCUGACAUUAUACA